AUGAGGACAUUGGAGACAGAGUUCGCAGAAGAAGAAGAAGUAGUAGUAGAAGAAGAAGAAAAGCAGGUUUCAGAACUCCCACGACGGGUCGAUUGCCUCCCCAAAAAGUACUCCAACUUCUGGGAUCAUCUGUCAGCACAAGAGCAGGACGAUGAGCUGUGGAUGGAUCGUGCAGGACCUUCCUUGGCCCUCACCUGGGGCUGGGCAAGACCUGUGGGGGGCGAUGCGUGGAAGGGGGAGGCAUUUCAGUAUACCCCGUCAUACCACAAGGACUUCGACUGGGCUGCGCCCGCCAUGACGCUGGCUGCCCUCAUGCGCUUCCCGAGCGAUCAGUGGACCAUCAGUGAAUGGCCUCUUGCUCGCGGUGUAGCCUGCAACACAUCAUCCCGCCUCCCUGUCCUGACAGCCCAACUACUGCUCCGGCGAGACGCAUACAUGCGUGCCCGGGCACGCAAACACAUCCCAUUAGCUCGCUAUCUCGAGGACACAGUGGCCUGGAACGCGCGAAUAAAACAGCUAGAGUCUUCCAAAGGGAUCACGGAGCAGGACAUUGCCACCUGGUUAUGGAUUCUUUCCUGCCAUAAUGCCGACUUGCGAGUUGAAAGAUUUCUUAGGAGCAGCUGCCGCAAGCCAUUCUUCCUGCUACAGGCCAUGUUCGCCACGGACCGGCUCUUUGCCAAUCCCAAAAGCUUCAUGGACCUGGUCCAGUAUCUCUCGGACAAUUACGUUCACCGACAUCGGCCUGAAAGUGAAGAUAGGCAUUUGCUGCCGCAGUCGAGGGGUCGGGAUAUGACGUGGUGGCACUUCAACGGAGUGCUACAUCGCCUUGUUUGGCAUACACGGGAUUCAUGGCCAUCAGCAGUCACGGCAAUCGCGCAGUUGGUCGUCGACUACAUCAACACUAUAUCUGAUGACCCUUCCAAGGGACAUAGCAGCCAUGCAGUCCGAUCCUUUGUCUUCAACAAAGCUCUCCAAUACUUUAGCUGGCCGUCGAGGAUGCGUCCACUUGCCAAUAUGCCCUACAACUGGGCCGCCCAACGACUUGUCCUUAGCAUUGCAUCAUCGUUCGACCCUCCCCUAGUUCCCGACAAGGAGAGCUACAGUGCUAUACAAGCGGUCUUGGCUGCUCUUCCGAAAAGCAAGGGCGAGAUCAAGAACGCAGAGCGAAUCGCAGCAACAUGGCCUCCUUAUCGGCAAGCCGUCGACGGGGUUGACGAGCGCCGUGACCCCGAAGAGGAUUUGAGCCGGAGCUCCAUGGCGGGCCUCCUUGCUCGCGAGGCUGGCUACCCUACCAAUGUGAUCGACCAGGGCAUCUCAGUGUUGGCAGGGUCGACUUUUGGCCAGCCACCGUCCAUUCAAACAAGAAGCGUGCCACUUCCAACAGUGUCAGGUGAGCAUGCCGCCCUCAACCUGCACCGGAACUGGGCCUUGCAAAUCAAAGCAACUAGGAACGCCCGGGAAGCUUGGCGAUUGUUCCAGAGACCUCCUCUUCCCGCAAUGCAACCAGACGCCCAAGUUGCUGGUCAGAUGAUGGCCAAGCUCUAUGCCCAUAAAGCGCCAUCUGUCAAAAGACUCCGGCCAGGGGACGUCAAAGAAACGUUUCCGAUCCAUAACGGGAAUCUGACUGCUCUCGAGAUUACCAGAAUCACCCCUCCGGCUCCAGAUGAGCUAUAUCACACGUUGCUCUCACAAGGGCUCAAACCGGUUGGGCACUAUCUUGACAUUCUCUUGACAAACGCACCUUCGAAACAGGAAGCCCUGAACUAUGUUCGAGAUAGCCCGUUCCACUUUGCUGGAGAUAUCCUGUCUGAUUUCAGGCGGUGGGACACCCAGGAAGGCAAAGCUGCUCUCGGAGCUCUAGACUUUCAGCUCGUCAAUGCCUGGGUUGCUAUGCUGUGUCGGGUCCAUGUCGAUAGUGCUUCUUAUACAAGACAUACGACGCUCUUCACACGCGACUUCGGAUGUGGGCCGGUGGCUGAGGCCAUCUUGCUCGCCCAUCUCUGCCAGGCGGCUCGACCGGUACUUUCGCGGAACGACAGGAAGCCAUGGCACACAAUUCUGACGGCGCUUUCGAAAAAGGCUCUUUUGCACAACCCGAGAGGUCACGGGAUGGACCACCUUGUGCUGACGAUGGAUGCGUUUCUAAGGAUCUAUGAGCGAACGCUGCAUAUCCAGGGUGAUGACACCGUUGCGUUCUUGGCGCUGUGUUACAUGAUUCGAAAGACGUUGAAAAUGGCAACAUUUCAACAUUCCCUCACAGAGCGGCGACCCAUACCACGGAAGAAACGGCUGGCUAACCUGCUUGCUCGAGCACGUUUGCGGGCGGUGCAAUCUUUUGUCAACCUCUCUAGUCCGGUUGAAGCGGGCACUCGGCUGUUCCCCCAAGACAUGACACGAUACCACAUGAGCGCGUUGACAGUGUAUCGCUACAUGAAAGCGAUGGCUUGCUGCGGGGAUGGAAAGGAGAUGGUGCAUAUCAUGGACUGGGUCCUGGACGGGUGGAUGUCGGACUACUUCUCCGAGGAGAUCAAAGAGCCAAAGCAACAUGCCCACCAGCAAAUGAUGCACACCAUUGCGUACUUUGCUCGGAUAGGGAAGGACCUGGUGGAAGAGGCAGAGAUGGAGCGCGUUCGGAAGCGACUGGAGCAUCUAGUUGAGCACCAUGGUUGUACAUGGGCCUGGCCCAGCGCAUAUAGGGGAUAUGGGAAGGAUGAUGUUAUUGACUCGACUCUGGCUGCACGCUGGGCCGAUCGGAUUGCUCGUGCUUCUUCUGAGCAGGCUUUUGAUGAUGAUUAG